AUAGCCGUGGCAUGCUCCAGCUCGGAACAAUCACGUUGUCGGAGUUUCCCGUACUUAUCUCUCGGAGUUCCGUCAUGCACUGAUUCAUCAGUUGUGGGCUGCGAAGGCAGCCGAACGACCAGGAACUGGAAACCGUCGUCUGCGGAAACCAUCAGAGAAUCGGCCGUGGGUCCACGCCAGGCUCACGAGAUGUUGAAAUCGUGUUGACUUCCGAAGAUCGCUGCUGGCUAGUGAAAUCGAGCUGUCAUCAUGGCGCAAGUUAUUCUCAGCCCCUCGAAGCGCGUCGUUCUAGUGGGCAGGCCCGCUUCUUUUUUGAUGCGGAAAAUAUAUGAAGUUGCGGAAGGGUAAUAUAACUGCGCACAAGCGAGUCUUCUUCCUCCCCUCGAGCGCCGCUGCCGCCUUCAUGGUCCCUAGGAGCGUUGUACGAUGAUCACUUCACUGGAGCAACUGAAAAUAUCUAGCGGCGUGUGCGCGUCGAUAGCGAUCAUUUCGACGGUGCUGCGCUUGUAUCUUCGUCGAAGGCGCUAUGGCUGGGACGACGGCUUUGCGCUGGUCUCCAUGAUCUUUCAGAUCGUGCAGAUGGUUGCUGUGUUUCUACAUCUUCCGGAUUCAACGGCUUUGCCCCACUUGACCAACAUCGCGUUGUACUACAUAAUGGCUACCACCUUCUAUUGCAUAAUCUGGACCGCGCGUCUUUCUAUCCUUCAUUCUAUCAUCCGAAUUGACUCGCACCAGCUUCGAGCUAAAAUACUUCGUUGGGUCGCUGUCGUCUUUGCGGUGAUUCUCGUCGUCAUGAAUUGCCAGCUAUUCUGGGUUUGUGAACCCAUAGGAUCCACCUGGAAACCUGCAGCAUUUCCGCAGUGCCCGAUAGGCAAGCAGGUCGUUACGACGCAGCUUGUCACCGACAUUCUUUCAGAUCUCUUACUCUUAUCUAUACCGCUACGGCUCCUAAGCUCCAUGCACACGGACAAAGCAACGAGCCGUCGCCUGAUGAUCAUUUUCUCCACCAGUGUCGUGACAACUAUCGUCUCGCUCGUGCAUGCCGCCUUCAUAUUCGAACACGGACAACUCAAAAUCGUGAUCGCUGCUGUGGUCGAGAACGCGGUCUCACUCAUGGUCUGUAACGUCCCCGUAUUAGCCACAGCCGCGCUUCGCGCCGUCGGCCAACGCGACUCCCUCGACGACACGAGCGGGCGCGAUCCCUCGUCGCGGUACAGCACCGGUAUCAAGUUCCGCAGCCGGACGCAGAACACCACUUUCGGCUCUCUCGGCCGCCCGACGGGGAGCGGCAGCAACGGCCAACUCGGGGUCCACGUGAGCACCCAUGCAAUCACGCUCACGGAUAUCUCGAGUGGGAUCGGUGAGGGGAUCAAGGGGGACGAGUAUAUUGUUGAGGGUAGGGCUGUGGACGGGCCUGAUGUGGAGAGUGAGCGCGCGUCGGAGGCAAAAAUUACUUGGGUUACGCCGGAGCGAUUUGAUGUGGACCGCUAGGUUACGUUUGUUGUGUGUUGUAUAUUGUUUUGUGUUUUAGGCGCAGACUUGGAUGGGAUUCAG